CAUCCGCGUUCUUAUGCACGAUUUCUCGUCAACAUGCUCUACACCACUUUGUUUGCAGCAGCCAUCUGGAUUGGCGAUGUGAUCGCCCUUCCUCACAUCCACAGAGACCAUGAAUUACAGACAUGGACCACAUGCUCUCACGAUGACGAAUGUUACUACGUCGCAGAAGAUUCCAGCGGACCUCCAGACCUGACCCCCCAUGAUACCCGCUGCAAUCCGAGCAACGCGAGCGAGGUCCAAGCCUUCGACAAUGAGCAAUGGAAGCAUCUUUUCACAUGCACGUUUGCGGACGCCUGUCUGGAUGUCGACGGUCACGGUGCAUGUCGACUAAGUCGUAAUUCAUUUGAACUUCCGACAACCAACCCUGGUCCCUUAAUCGAUGGCGAGCCCGAUGACGCACUCCGGAUAUCUACCAAAUGCAAUCCGCGGAAUGAUUCAGAAGUUUUGGGGUGGGAUGGGAAGAAAUGGAGUCCGAGUGGUGUCUGUUUACCACCCCUUGUCUGCAACGGAUUUGGGUCUCCUACAGACUUUGCCUUUUGUGCGCGUAAGAGCGACCAGCCCCCCCAAGUAUGGCUUCCAGUGGCUGUUACUUAG